GUCAAUACCAACGCUAACUCCAAAAGAGACUGUUUGGCUUACGUUGAGCUGAACGAGCUGAUGAAGGACCAGAACCAGCAGGCCUACUGGCAGGAGACAGGCCGAUGGGUCGGCUAUGAGGAGAACUAUGACCCAGAGGCUGGGGGCUGGGGCCCCUCACACAUUUCCUACCUCACAUUCAAGAGCCUCAUUCAGCUUCGCAAGACCAUGAACACUGGUGUUGUGCUGCUGGACAGAGAGGAGAGGACCCUCGACAAUAUAAUUCAGAAGACUGUUGAUGAGAUGGUCAACAGGAAGGAGAUACGUCCUGGUGACAAAGAUGGAGUUCUCAAAGCACUGAUGCAAAACCGCAGCCAAGACCUUGAGACACAGGCUUUGAACUCUGGUACAGAACUGCAGACUUUCUCUGUCACAGAGAGGAGAGAUGCAUCUGACAGUGUAGAGGCCUCUAUGGUGCUUGUGGGAGUGCUGGAUUUCCUGGAGAAGCCGACUGUGGCAUUUGUACGGCUGAAGGAGGCAUCGGUGCUGGGGUCAGCUUUGGAGGCUCCAGUGCCCGUGCGUUUCGUCUUCAUCCUUCUGGGACCCACCAAAAGUGACAUGGACUAUCAUGAGAUUGGCCGUGCUAUGGCCUCCCUCAUGGCUGACAGGGUGUUUAACCAGGCAGCUUUCCAGGCUCAGAGUGAAGUAGAGUUGACAGAUGCAGUAGCAGAUUUUAUGGACUGCAGCAUUGUCAUCCCACCCACUGAGAUUCAAAAUGAGUCCAUGCUCACAUCAAUCAUCGGCUUCCAAAAGAAACUACUGCAGGAUAGACUCCGCCCAACCGACCCUAAGCUCCGCCUAGACGUGAAACCUCGCAGAGUCUCCAAAGCUUCAGGCCCACCCCCAGAGGACCCUCUGGUUCGUACAGGUGUCCCGUUUGGAGGGAUGAUCAAAGACCUUAAAAGACGCUAUAAGCACUAUGUCAGUGACAUCACAGAUGCUAUGAAUGCUCAGGUACUCGCUGCAGUCAUCUUCAUCUACUUCGCUGCCCUCUCCCCUGCCAUCACUUUUGGAGGCUUGCUCGCCGAUAAGGUGGAAAACAUGAUGGGAGUAUCUGAGCUGAUGAUCUCAACAGCAGUGCAGGGCAUCAUCUUCUGUUUCAUCGCUGCCCAACCUGUGCUUGUCAUUGGCUUCUCUGGGCCGCUGCUCGUGUUUGAAGAGGCGUUCUUCGCUUUCUGUAAGUCCCAGGGCAUUGAAUACAUUGUGGGUCGAGUGUGGGUCGGAGUGUGGCUGGUAGUGAUUGUGGUGGUCAUUGUGGCUGUGGAGGGUAGCUUCCUGGUCCGUUUCAUCUCUCGCUUCACCCAAGAGAUCUUCUCCAUCCUCAUCUCCCUCAUCUUCAUCUAUGAGACCUUCGCUAAGCUUGGCAGGAUAUUUAAGGCUCAUCCCCUGAACCUGAACUACGAGCAACUGAACGAAACAGUGGAGGAUCCAUGGCACCCAGUCGUCAGUCAUGUACACAUCAUAGAUAACGCCACCGGAAAUGCCACCCUGCAAACCAGCAUUCGACACCGUGCAUAUCCCAACACUGCUCUGCUCUCCAUGUGUCUAAUGUUUGGUUGUUUCUCUAUCGCCUACUUCCUGCGUAUAUUCAAGAAUGGCACCUUCCUCCCCGGCAAGAUUCGUCGUUUGAUUGGUGAUUUUGGCGUCCCCAUUGCAAUUUUCCUCAUGAUUGCUGUGGACAUUAACAUCGAAGACACUUACACUCAGAAACUGGUGGUACCCAAAGGGUUGCAGGUGUCCAACCCUGCAAUGCGUGGGUGGCUGAUCAACCCCAUGGGUGAACACAAACCUUUCCCUGUCUGGAUGAUGUUUGCCUGUGUCAUUCCAGCCAUGCUCGUUUUCAUCCUCAUCUUCCUUGAGUCUCAAAUCACCACACUGAUUGUGAGUAAGCCAGAGAGAAAGAUGGUGAAGGGAUCUGGGUUCCAUCUGGAUCUUCUCAUUCUUGUGACCAUGGGCGGAUGCAGUGCUAUAUUUGGUGUCCCGUGGCUCAGCGCUGCAACAGUGCGUUCUGUAACCCAUGCCAACGCCCUCACUGUUAUGAGCAAGGGACCCAAGCCAGAGAUAGAGAAGGUUCUAGAACAAAGGAUCAGUGGAAUUCUCGUAGCUUUGUUGGUCGGUUUGUCCAUCCUUAUGGAGCCCAUCCUGAAGAUGAUUCCCAUGACAGCUCUGUUUGGAAUCUUCCUCUACAUGGGAAUUACGUCUCUAAAUGGGAUUCAGCUGUGGGAUCGUAUGCUGCUGCUCCUUGUUCCCAAAAAAUACCAUCCUAAUGAACCUUAUGCUACAAUGGUGAAGACCAGCAGAAUGCAUCUGUACACUGCCAUUCAGAUUGUUUGUCUGAUCGUCCUAUGGAUUGUGAAGUCCAGCCCGUUCUCACUUGCACUGCCGUUCAUCCUCAUCCUCACCAUUCCACUGCGCAUAUUUAUGACUGGGAGGUUCUUCACCGAACUGGAGAUGAAAUGCUUGGAUGCUGAUGAUGCUAAAGUGACAUUUGAAGAGGAGCCUGGAGUGGAUGUGUACUCUGAAACCCAGAUGCCAUUGUAG